GGAUCGCUAUGGUAGCGGCGUCCGGGUGGGCCGGGCCUGUGCGCUCCUGGCCCGCGUUGGCCGCGUCGUCUGCGGGUCUUAUCGUCUGUCGGGCAUGAGCACUGCUUUCCGCCUCGGCCCGUUGCCCCGCCUGUCGCUUCUCGACUGUGGGCCCCCUCCGGGAACAUGCCCCUGGCCGCCUACUGCUACAUGCGGGUCGUGGGUAGGGGCAGUUACGGGGAGGUGACGCUCGUGAAGCACCGGCGGGACGGCAAGCAGUAUGUCAUCAAAAAACUGAACCUCCGAAAUGCCUCCAGCCGAGAGCGGCAAGCUGCUGAACAGGAAGCUCAGCUCUUGUCUCAGCUGAAGCACCCCAACAUUGUCACCUACAAAGAGUCGUGGGAGGGAGGAGAUGGCCUGCUCUACAUUGUCAUGGGCUUCUGCGAAGGAGGAGAUCUGUACCGGAAGCUCAAGGAACAGAAAGGGCAGCUUUUGCCUGAGAGUCAGGUGGUGGAGUGGUUUGUGCAGAUCGCCAUGGCUCUGCAGUAUUUACAUGAGAAACAUAUUCUUCAUCGAGAUCUAAAAACUCAGAACGUCUUCCUAACAAGAACAAACAUCAUCAAAGUGGGUGACCUAGGGAUUGCCCGAGUGUUGGAGAAUCAUGGCGACAUGGCAAGCACCCUCAUUGGCACACCCUAUUACAUGAGCCCUGAGUUGUUCUCAAACAAACCCUACAACUAUAAGUCUGAUGUUUGGGCUUUGGGAUGCUGUGUCUAUGAAAUGGCCACCCUGAGGCAUGCUUUCAAUGCAAAAGACAUGAAUUCUUUAGUUUAUCGGAUUAUUGAAGGAAAGUUGCCACCAAUGCCAAGAGUUUAUAGCCCGGAGCUGGCAGAGCUGAUCAGAACAAUGCUAAGCAGAAGGCCUGAGGAGAGACCCUCUGUGAGGAGCAUCCUGAGGCAGCCCUACAUAAAACACCAAAUCUCAUUAUUUUUGGAGGCCACAAAGGCAAAAACUUCCAAAAAUAAUGUUAAAAAUGGCGACUCCAGAGCCAAACCUGCUCCUCCAGUGGUUUGCAGAAAGGCAGAGUCAAAUGAAGUACUCCACCCUCAACCACACUCUACUGAGGGCUUCACCACACAUGUGAUGGGUGAAAACAAAUGUUUGUUUCAAGAGAAACCAGUGGCCAUUUGUCCCUUGAAAUUACCUGCUAAUCUGAAAGACCACACUGGCAAACCAGACGUGAGCAGUACUACAGAGUCACUAGCCACGAUCAGUAGGGUAAACAUUGACAUCUUACCUGCAGAAAGGAGGGACUCAGAGAAUGAAGACUUAGUUCAGGAGAAUCAACCAAGACACAUGUCUGCUUCUAACAAGACAGACAGCCAGUGCAACAUUUCUCACGAGACAGAGGAGAGGCUACAGGAUAGUACCAAGUCCAGUGCUCAGCCUCAAAACCUGCUUCCCAGAUGUUGUUCUGAUGAUAGAGACGGGGAACGGAAUGAACUGAUGAUGCCCCCAAACAUAGACCAAAAGCCAGAGGACCAGGAUGAAGUUACUGGUGAAUGUAUUAUAGAAAAACAGGACAGCAUCCACCCAGGUUUACAGCCGCACAGCUCUACAUCUGAACCUUCCAUGUCUCGACAGCGAAGGCAGAAAAAAAGAGAACAGUCUGAGCAAGGUGGGGGAAAGAACCAGCGCAGCGAGCUCUUUGCAUUCCAAGAAUCACCUCCUUAUUCUGCUGUUGAAAAGGUGGAUAUCAUAUCAAUACAACAAAAUGCUGAAAACCAAAGGAGACCAUUUACCAAGUCUUUGAGCAGUUCAAGGAGCCAUGAGAUGUCUUCAUUAAAGGACCGACCAUUAUCAGCCAGAGAGAGGAGGCGACUAAAGCAGUCUCAGGAAGAGAUGUUCCCCUCAGGUCCUUCAGUGGAGAGAACGCCUCUGAGUGCAGCAGGGGCAGCAAAACCACCAGAGGAAUGCCAGCCUAUCUCCGCCCGACAGUUCUCUUCUGAUUGCAGUAUCACUCAGGAGCAUCACACACUCCUGAAGGAAAAGGUGGAUACGUCCACAGGGAAACCCAAUACUGUAAACCUCACAAAUGUCAGCAUCAGUUAUUUAGGGGAAAGGAAACUGAUACAUUGUCUGUCUGAGGAGGAGUUAAGUUCAUCUACAAGUUCAACUGAUAAGUCAGAUGGGGAUUCCAGGGAAGGGAAAAGUCAUGCAAAUGAGAUGAGUGACUUGGUACAACUGAUGACUCAGACCCUUAAGCUGGAUUCUAAAGAGAGCUUUGAAGAAGUACCAAAUCCAAUCUCAGAAUUCAAACUUCAUCGAAAGUAUCGUGAUACUCUGGUACUUCAUGGGAAAGUUGUGGAAGAGGCAGAGCUCCAGUGCAAAGAGCUAUCGUCAGUGAUCAUACCAGGUUCUGAAAAGAUCAGGAGAAUAGUUGAAGUCUUGAGAGCGGAUGUAAUCCAGGGCCUGGGGGUUCAGCUUUUAGAGCAGGUAUUUGAGCUUCUGGAAGAGGAAGAUGAACUGGAGAGAGAGGCACGUUUACAGAAGCACAUGGGUGAAAAGUACAAAGCUUACAGCAUAAAAGCUCGCCAGCUGAAAUUUUUUGAAGAAAAUGUGAAUUUUUGAGACUGUUCUAACCUGCAGCCAGAACAAAAGACCUAUUUUCAAAGGGGUUUCCCUUAAAAACAAAGAUUCAGUUGUUCAGGGGCCACUUGCCAUCCUUUAAUAUUUCUUCAGGGUUUAGACAGAAUAAUAUAAAGCAAGUUCACAAAAGAAACACUGAAGAUCAUAUUCUUUAAAGAGGAAAAAAAUGUUACAUUUGUCCAAUCACUGCUUACUGAGCCUUAAACCAACUUUCUGUCUAGAAGUUUAUUUUUGUAACUAGCUUGAAGACAGGGCCAUAAAAACAUUGUUUUGUUUGUUUGUUUGAGACAGGUUCUCCCUAGUCUCAUCCUGCGUGGAAGUCAGUAUGUGGACCAGGCUGGCCUGCCUGAGGCCUCAGAUUAAAGUCACUAGCCUAGCAUUAGAUUGGUUUUUAUAUUUUACUACAGUGAUAAAG